AAACAUAACAAGCCACAGAUUUAAACAAAACUAAAAUCUGUAUAUAUACACAAAUUGUAAAUAAAGUAUGCAGAAGACCAGCAUAGAGGUUAAGACGCAUGUCGUCCCGAUUGCGUCGAAGCCAACAAGGGACGUGGACGAUGGUGGCGGUGGCGGCGGCGGCAGCGGCGGAAGUGUUAAUCGUAUCAUUGUAAACGCAGCGCUCGCUGCGACUGAGACACGCAUACGAAUCAAUAAAUGGCGCGUACGCGAAGGGCAAAAUGUUUCGGCGGCACAAAUCCUGUUUUUAUACCAACAACUCGGUGAUGAUGGCAAGCCCAUUAAAAAGGACGAUACGAUGUUUUUCAAAUACAAAUCAAAUCGUGCUGGAGUGGUCAAAAAGCGGCUUCGCAAAGAAGGCGAAAUAGUGAUAAAAGGAGAUGCGCUUUUGGAGUUAUCCGAAUGCAUACACACAACCGUUAUUAAGGAUAUGUGCGCAGACUGCGGCGCAGACUUAAGGCAGAACGAUAAUGGUCAAACAUCUGAGGCCUCGGUACCUAUGGUGCACACCAUGCCCGAUUUGAAAGUAACCCAGAAACUAGCCCAAAAGCUUGGGCAUGAUGACACACGACGCCUGCUCACCGAUCGGAAGCUGGUGCUUCUAGUGGAUCUCGAUCAAACAGUCAUACACACAACUAACGACUCAGUGCCGGAUAAUAUAAAGGGCAUCUAUCACUUUCAAUUGUACGGUCCACAAUCGCCGUGGUAUCACACGCGUCUUCGACCGGGCACAGCGGACUUCCUGGAGAGGAUGUCACAGCUAUAUGAGUUGCACAUUUGCACAUUUGGUGCACGUAACUAUGCGCAUAUGAUAGCCCAACUGCUUGAUCCCGAUGGAAAAUUCUUCUCCCAUCGUAUCUUGUCGCGUGAUGAGUGCUUCAAUGCUACAAGCAAAACAGAUAAUCUAAAAGCACUGUUUCCCAAUGGCGAUUCCAUGGUAUGCAUUAUAGAUGAUCGUGAGGAUGUUUGGAAUAUGGCAUCCAAUUUGAUACAAGUUAAACCCUACCAUUUCUUUCAACAUACGGGCGAUAUAAAUGCGCCGCCUGGCUUAUCCAAGCACGAGCUAGAUGGCGAGGGCGUCGACUUUAAGGAAAUUGAUAAAAUUGCUGAAAAGAAAACUGAAGCGCAAAAUAAGGCGACGGAUAAAGAGUCGGAAUUAGAAGCGGAAGAUUCGAAAGACAAGGGUGACAACACAGUGUCCAGCACAAGCAAGGAUGAGGAGGGCAAUGAGGAGUCCUCAGUAGACAUAUUCGAGUUGGGAAGCGAGACAAAAGAUGCGAUAGAAACUAAAGACACCUGUGUAAAUAAAAGCUGUGAAAAAUUGAAUGGCAAACCUACUACGACGGUCGAAGAACCUCUGAAUGUAGAUGACAACUCAUCCGGCUUGCCAGAAACAGAAGCUCAGAGCAGUGGCAAACAAGGUAGCGAUAGUGAUGAAAUUGUUGUUAUUGAUGAAGUGCCCAUGGAGAGCUCAAAAACUGAAAAGCUGCCGCCCAAGAAAGAAGAUGACGAAAGCAUUGCAUCAUCAACAAGCGGUGAUGAUAAGCAAGUGUCGGAAGCUGACGAUGAGGCAGCUAAAGUUAAUACAGAUGAGGUGGCCACAACAUCGCAGAUGAAAAUUUCAAAUGAUGGCCAGAAACAAAUUGAAAUUGAAGAUCCCGAUGAUUAUUUACUGUAUUUGGAGGUCAUAUUAAGGAAUAUACAUAAGCGGUUUUAUGCGAUAUAUGAUGAGACAACAGAGAUACCCGAUCUGAAGAUCAUUGUACCGAAAAUUCGUUGUGAGGUGCUACGUGGUCAAAAUCUAGUCUUUUCCGGGUUAGUGCCGACCCAGAUGAAGCUGGAGCAAUCGCGUGCUUAUUUUAUAGCUAAAAGCUUAGGAGCCGAGGUCCAGUCAAACAUUAACAAGGACAUAACGCAUCUGGUGGCCGUCAAUGCAGGAACUUAUAAAGUGAAUGCGGCCAAGAAAGAGGCGAACAUCAAGGUAGUCAAUGCCAAUUGGUUGUGGGCCUGUGCCGAACGCUGGGAGCAUGUUGAUGAGCGUCUCUUUCCGCUCGAUCGCAAGGUACGGAACAAAGGACGACAACCGCCGGCUCAUUGCCACAGUCCCGAACACGUAGUGAAUUACAGUGAGAGAUCCGAGAUAUCGCCGUCGAGCAGCAUGCAACAGGAACAAGGCGGCAAUUUCCGUGAAACACUUAAUCCGCUGUUGGUGUUCACCAAUGCGGACAUCGAGUCCAUGAACAAAGACUACGAGACAUUCUUCGAGUCGGACUCCUCCAGCGACGAGGGCCCUGUAAACUUUGAAAAUCCGCCCAUGGACAAAAAGUUGCUGAAGCGUAAGCGCGAGGAUGAAAGUUCAAACCGUGCCCAUGAUUUCUUUACGCGCACCGAGGAUGUGAUGAUGGGUGCGGCGAGCGGAGUUGCUGAUUUCGAUAAGAAUUCCUCCAACGACGAGCAUGAAGACGAGGAAAAGGAGGAAGAAGAUGAUGACGAAAUGCCAAGUGCUAAAUUUCGACGUGGCGAAGAGCUGCCAUCAGAUUUAGAAAUGGGCUCCGAUUCAAAUAGCGAAAACAAUCAGGAGGAUGAUGGUGACGAUGGUGAAUGGAAUAUGAUGGGCGCUGCAUUGGAGCGUGAGUUUCUGGGACUAGAAGAUUAGCUAUAUCAAUGCGAGCUGGACAUGGAACAGAAAACGAAAUGCAAUGCACUCGAAAUCAAAAGUCGAGUGCAGCAAAUAGCACUUGGAAGACUUGGAAGUAGCUGGCGAUAACAAUGUUCAAUGCACUUUUGACAUUUCAAAUGUACCUACUCUUCAAAAAAAAAAAAACUAAACAAAACAAAA